CGUUGGUAAAAACUGAUUGGCUGCUACCAAGUGCCAGGUCCCGCCUACCCUCCGGUGGCCAGUAGUUGGCUUCCGGCUGUCAACGGCAUGCACUUCCUGCUGCCAGCUUCCGAUUUUUUCUGAACCCUUGCUGUAUUAUCGGCAGCUUCUGGCCAAAACGUCCUGCUGAACGAUGCCGAAUUUUUUUCUGAACCCCCUCCCGAACCACGUGCUGGAUGGCUGUCACUUCCGGGUUUCUCUCUAGCCCCGCCCCUUUACUCUGCGUCCUGUGCGUCUCGCCAUGGUAACGUCUGAGCGACACACAGUGAGGAUUAGACGCUCAAAAUAACAACUCAUAUGGAAGAAACGCUACCAGUUGCAUCUUCAAUCAAGCAAUCGUAGAUCAACAUUUUUCAGGAUGAAUUUGGCGGAUAUUUGCGACAAUACUAAAAAAGGAAGGGAAUAUGCAUUGCUCGGGAACUACGACUCCUCUAUGGUGUACUACCAGGGAGUUCUACAACAGAUCCAAAAGCACUGUCAGUCCCUUAGAGAUCCUGCACUGAAGGUCAAAUGGCAUCAGGUUAGACAGGAGCUGGUGGAGGAAUAUGAACAGGUAAGAAGCAUCGUAAAAACUCUGGAGAGUUUCAAGAUGGAUAAACCAGUCGAAUCACCUAAUACUCAAUCAGAGGACUACACGAGGGAUCCUGCCGUGUGGCCACCCCCAACCCCUGCAGAACACAGACUGCCUGCUCAGGUGAAAAGACCAAACAGUGGUCUGAGGGCUCAGCGUAAAGAAGGUCCUGGCAUGCAGCAGCACCGUGGCCCUCCGUUAAAGGGCCAGGGAAAUCCUAAAUUAGACAGACCAGUUGGGCGUGACCCCCGCAAAGUUAAAGAAGAGAAAGUUGGUGAAAAAGGUAAGAAUGCCCAGGAAGGGGCAGUGGAAGGAGAAUUGAAGAAAUUUGAUGACGCAGGUUAUGACAGCGACUUGGUUAAUAUUUUGGAGAGAGACAUCAUGUCAAGAAAUCCAAACAUACGCUGGACCGAUAUAGCAGACCUAGAGGAUGCUAAGAAAUUGCUGAGGGAAGCUGUGGUGUUGCCAAUGUGGAUGCCAGAUUUCUAAGGCAUUCGGCGCCCAUGGAAGGGUGUUUUGAUGGUUGGACCUCCAGGUACAGGCAAAACAAUGCUGGCUAAAGCUGUAGCUACUGAGUGUGGUACCACUUUCUUCAACAUAUCAUCCUCCACACUGACCUCCAAGUACCGGGGAGAGUCAGAGAAACUUGUUCGGCUGCUCUUUGAAAUGGCUCGGUUUUAUGCCCCUACUACCAUAUUUAUUGAUGAGAUCGACUCCAUUUGCGGGAGACGUGGCACAUCAGACGAACACGAAGCAAGUCGCAGAGUGAAGUCUGAGCUUUUGGUGCAGAUGGACGGUGUAGGAGGUGCAACAGAAAAUGAAGACCCUUCUAAAAUGGUGAUGGUUCUGGCUGCAACGAAUUUUCCAUGGGACAUAGAUGAAGCCCUGAGGAGGAGGCUGGAAAAGAGGAUCUAUAUUCCUCUGCCAACUGUAAAAGGUCGAGCGGAUCUGCUCAAGAUUAGCCUGAGAGAGGUGGACGUGUCUCCUGAUGUUGACUUGGACAUCAUUGCUGAGAAGAUGGAGGAUUACUCUGGUGCUGACAUCACCAACAUUUGCAGAGAUGCGUCCAUGAUGGCAAUGCGUCGCAGGAUUCAAGGUUUGAGCCCGGAGGAGAUUCGAGCCUUAUCGAAAGACGAGCUGCAGAUGCCUGUCACUAUGGAGGAUUUUGAAAUUGCUUUGAAAAAGAUCUCCAAGUCAGUUUCUGCUGCUGAUCUGAAGAAAUAUGAGGACUGGAUGAAAGAAUUUGGUUCUGUGUAAUUAGAACGAGGCAGAAAAGACUCGCUUCUUGUGUGUGACAUUGACCAGUUUUACACACUCAAAACCUCAAUUCUGUGUAGACUCUAUGUAGAUCCUAUACACUGCACCAGGAUGUUGUUUUUUUGGCAUCUGGUGUUCUUACAAAUGUGCUUUGUAAAAUUAUUGAGCUUAUUUUUUAUGUUUAAUGUAUGAAGUUUUUAAUCUGUUGUAACUGAGCCAUUGUGUGUGUGUUUUCUUUGUCAUUCCUUACAUAGCUUAGAUUUGUAGAACAUUACAGCAUAUUUUUAGACCCGAUAUGAUGCUGCUUGAAUUUUUUCUUUGUUUUUUAUGACUUUAAUAACACUUGGCAGUUUUAAAUACUCAUGUUUGCUUGAAUGUGUCCCCCCGAUACGUUUUUUUAUACGUAGCUACAGAUAAUAAAUGUGAUGAUCGCCAUUUGACAUGCUCUGUAGACACAAUGUCUAGUGGUGAAUCCAAAGUCCAUCAUUAGGCUUGAGGUGAAGACACACCCAAGAUAAAAGUCCAGUUCAUUGCAGGGCAGAAGAUAAAAUAAAAUCUGAUCUGCUACACUGGGUGAAGUCCUUCCUCAGAUUGUUUGUGAUUUAUACAAUGAAUUAAAUAAACUGUUCCAAUAUUU